AUGUCUAACAAACCAGAAGAAAAAAAAUUGGAGCCUUUUAAGUGGUCUGAAGAGUCAGACGAUAAAAAAAAAUUGGAGCGUUUUAAGUGGUCUGAAGAGUCAGACGAAGAAUUGAAAAGAUUGAUAGAGGAGUCGAGAGCCUCUAUUAAUUGGACCGAAGUAGCCAAGUGGGAUGCAGAAGGACGACCGUACGAAGAGCACGAAGAAAUCUUACUGUUUUUGAAUAAAAAUAAUAAAGAUGAACUUAUUAACUUGGGAUCUACUGGAACCGGACAAUUUGACAUUAACGAAAGGAGAAAACAGAUACAUGGAGGCACUUCUCACACAAGUUCCAGGAAGAGAAAUUAUACAUCCGGGAAAGAAAGCGAUUCUAAAAAUUCCACCAAAGAAUCCAUAACCACCGAACGUUACCAUCGUCAAUAUCGUAGUAAAGGUGUUGGAUCCCAUCCAAUUUCCAGUUCAAUCACAAUACACAAGAAAAAUGAUUAG